AUGGGGAGAAUUAAGAAGGUGGCCAGCCAGAAACACGAGGCUACAAUAUCACCUUUUCUGGCAGAUUUCAUAGGCCGUGCGACGAGCCUGCCCGUCGCAGAGCUUCCUUCCCUUCUGAGCACCUUCCCAAGACUAUGGCCUUUCCCGCGAGGCGAUCUCUACCAUUGGAUCAACGUCUUGGACCGCUUCGACGAAAUCCUUGCUGAAGUCAUUGACCGAUACUUCCUCAACACCGGUCCCCAGGUACUGUCCUUCACUCGAAAUUAUCUGAAUGAGUCACUUGUGAAAGAUCCAAGCACAAUACCAGCCGAGGGCAUCGAGGCCAAGCUGAACGCGUUGGGAUAUGGCUCAGACGGAGACAGGCAGCUGCUGGAGGACAUUCUUGAUUUCUCCCGUCUUCUUCUGGAGAAAUGUGGCAACCGUAGCUUGUACAAUAGCAGUGAACGCCUGGGUGAUCUCUUGAACACCACGUCGCUGUCCCUGCUCCAGUCGACUCUGCGGCUCUCCCUAUGCUUGGCUCAACGGUACCACUCGCGUCAACGGGGUGCCCAUCAGCAGUCCAUGCUGGCGACUCAUUACAACAUCGAUCUGGAGAAAUUGCAGAAGAUCGCUUCGCCGUUCCCUCGUCCUCUCGUCGCCGGCAAAACACCAUUUGCAGCAUCCCCCGCCGUCUCCACCAAAGGGAAAGAAAAGGCAGUCCAGACAAAACUCAAUGCAAACGAGUUGGCCUCUCUCAUGCGUGAUACUGAUGGUUGGGAGGAAUGGGGCAAUGUUCGUGUGCUCUACUACCCUUCUGGCUCCUCGGAGCAGACAAGAACGACCUCAGCCUUCGGACAGACAGAACACGCCCCAUCCACACCAACCCCACUGCGCCGAAGCGCAACGCAUCCCACUCCCCGCCUGAGUCGUGAGUCGAAUGUGGACGAAUCCCCGGCUGGAAAUACCAACACGGGUGGAAAAGCAGAAGAGUCAUCUCGCAGUGGAAAGAUCUUGGAUCUCCCGCACUCCAAGGUCUCGUCCGCAAAGCCGGAGGACCUCGUUGCUGCUAACCUGUCACACUUGCCACUUGAGUCGAAAUAUGAGCUGCUUCACAAAGUCCGUGUUGCGCAGGGACUCUCAACUUCAAAGGCUACGCGUGAGCAGAUCCUUGCCAUCAGGAUCCUUGCAGUAACCAACUUGGCCUACGUCCUCCCCGAGUCGGCAUUCCAGCAGAAAGUGCUACAAUAUGACAUGGAGCUGUCCAAGCGUCUUCAGAUCACGUAUCAACUGGCUGAGCUGGUUCACCUCGGCGCUAGCGGCGACCUCCACGUCUCGCGCCCGUUGCAGACCUUGGCAAUUCAGGCCCUUGAUGCGCUGGCGAAACACAAAUCUCGUGCCAUGGAUGUUUGCGCUGCCUUAAGUGUCAAUGUCAACCAUGGAGUUCUCAUGUUCCUGACUCGAAAAGUGGUUAACGAGCUUGCCGCCGAUGACGAGACCACGGAUGAUGCCUAUCACGAUGAAUGGCGUGAUGCCUUACUUGCCCUCCUGCGGACGCUUCCAAGCUCAAGCACUCGCACACCGGAGACUCUUGUCUCUGCCGGCUUAAUUCCCAUGUUUGUCGAUAUCCUGAACCUUCGAACGCCCAAGGCUCGCCGGGUCUACUCUCGCGUCAUGGAGUUCUUGGAUACGUUUGUUCACGCAGUUCGAGAUGCACUGGGCACCCUGACGACGGCGAAAGGGUUCGAUGCGAUGUCUGAUCUGAUCGACCACGAAACAAAAACCGCGUUCGAGAAGGUCUCGCGCGGCGAAGGGUUCCCUUCUCAGUACAAGAAUCCGUCCAUCGAUUAUCAGAUUCCCUAUUUCCAACAGCAGACCCUGCGCUGGAUGUUCCGCUUCGUCAAUCAUAUCAUGCAGCACAACGGCGGUGGGUUUGAUCGGGUGUUGCGCAAUCUGAUCGACUCGCCUCAGCUGCUGACGUCCUUGCGGCUGGUAUUUGAGAAUGCCCGGAUUUUCGGCUCGCACGUUUGGAGCAAUGGUGUCAACAUCCUCAGCAGCUUCAUUCACAAUGAGCCUACCAGUUACGCUGUGAUCGCGGAAGCUGGUCUUAGCCGAAGUCUUCUUGCUGCCGUGAUGGGUCAUGAACUUCAGGCAACCGAGAAGCCGCCCGCCGUUGAACCCGAGACUUCCCAGGAUGGAGGCGAACCCUUGUCUGAACGACCUGCUGCCGCACCUGCCCCUCAACCUGAGCCCAAGCAGGAAGGCCGUGAGUACCGUAUCGCUAGGGCACAGAACCAACCUCUUGCUUCUGGUAUCAUACCCGCCGCUGAUGCUCUUGCCUGCAUCCCAUCGGCAUUUGGAGCAAUUUGCCUAAACUCCUCUGGCCUGGAUCUCUUGCAGACCUCCGAUGCGCUCGAUAGCUUCUUCGAAAUCUUCGAAAAUCCAGAACAUGUCAAGUGUCUUAAGGAUGAUCCGACCCUAAUUCGCUCACUGGGUACGACAUUUGAAGAACUGGCUCGGCAUCACCCUCCUCUGAAGACAUCCAUCAUGUCUGCCGUUAUCGUCAUGGCCGCGCGCGUGGGCUUGCUCUGCAAGGCCAAGGCGUGGAAGCAGGGAAUUGGAGCAAAGCUGUGGACCGAAGACUCGCAGGGCAAAUUCCAUCUUUCCGGCGAUGUCUUCUCCCUGUUCCGCGAAAUCGGAACAGCUGUCGACGGCCCAGAGGAUGAUCCUGCGUUAGUCGGCGCUCCGCAGUUGACUGCGAACGAUCUUCCCAACGGUGGGAAGCUUAUUGUUGGCGAUAUUAGCCACCUCCUUCCGUCUAGGGAUCCUGAUUUCGAGCCAAGUGACAAGGAUGAACAUGGACUUUCGGUCACGGACUACUUAUUCCCGGCGACACGGUUCCUAGGCGCUUUCUUCGAGAACCAGCCUACGUGCACGGCGUUCAUCAACGCUGGAGGCGCGGAGUUUGUCUUGGACUUUGCUACUCUACAGAGCUUGUCCUUCGACUUCCACAAUACAGAUGCCAACCAGGAGCUUUCUGUGCUCGUGCAUAUGCUGGCGGAGACAAAGCCUCAUGUUGUGGUGCCAUCUCUUGUACAGCGCACGCAACUAGCAGUCGACAAUCUCUCGACUUUCUGGACUGAGUCCAGUGAGUCUGGAUUUUUCACUGCUCUGAUCAACCCGGGAGACUCCAAGAAGCCCGCUUCAGUGUCUUCUUCUGCUGCAGUUGACCACGGAACGCUCUUUGCCAAACAUCUGAAUACCGCGCUGGUCCUCACGGACCUGCUUCGUGAAGUCUUCGCGAUGCCGUUGUACCAGACCCGAUCUGUCCAGCAAACCUCCAUCUUUGGCCAAGUCAACCUUGCCGACAAAUACUGCGCUCUUGUCUCAUCGUUGGGCAACCUCCAGGCUGCAUGUGUGUGGGAAGAAAUUACGAUGGAGAGGAACAUCCCCGAAGAGUGGAUGAAGGCCAUUCAAGGACCCGCUGCCAAAGAUGGUCCCCAACCCACUGAUGCCCCUGGAGUCACGACCCAGGAAUCGUCCGAGGAUCCUACCCCUCCAUCUCGCCAGGAGGGCUCUGGUGUCCCCAGGGAUGCACAGGCUCAACCAACGCUAGACUCUCGAAGCGCCGACACACAGAGCGCCGCCUUCAAAAAUGCUCAAACGCUCCGUUAUCUUUUGAGCGUGCUGCCGGCCUCGAUCACCGGCUUUUUCCAUAACCUUGGCCUUGGGCUCGUCGGCAAGAGACGAACUGACCCGUAUUUGAGGCAGAAGCCGAAUGCGAAUAUGGUUGCGGAUGCCAUCGCUGAGACUGUCUUUCGACAAAUGCAAUUCAAUCCGGCCAAUUCGAGUGAUAGCCUCAAGCAUCGGUUUGCCUAUCUCAUCGUCAUCCUCUCCUCGUUUUCGCAACUUCUUUAUGAAGUUGCUACAGACCGUCCACAGUCGACAUACUUGACCCUGGUUCUUGUCGCCUUCAAGAAGCAGAAUGGCCUGAAAGUUCUCAAGGACUUCAGCGAGGUUUUCAUGCGUGAAAUCAGAGCGCUUCCUCCCCCGGAUUCUGUUCCUGAUAGUGACACCGAGGUCAAAGGCCGACUUGCCUCUGCCUAUGGCGGGAUCAAGGUUAUCCUGGCAUUGUUCGCGGAACUUGCCUCGGGCAAGAGCAUCGUCGAGUCCACUCAAACACAAGCGAUGACCAGCCACAAUGACCGCGACCGUGAGCGCCCGGAUCACUUCCAGCCAGGCCAAUUCUUGGUGGAUCUCCGCAUGGAAAUUCUGCCUAUGGCGCAAGACCUCUGGAACUCGGAAUUCGCAACCCAGUCUGAAAGUCCGGUUAUCAAGUGCUUGGUUGACAUUCUGCGUUCAUCGCUGGAUGGUGAAUAUGAAACGGGGGCUGCUCACAGCUCGGAUAUGCCUCCUCCUGUCGUUGAAGUGCAGCGCAAACCGUUUGUGGUCAAUAAAGACCGAGCAGCCACCUUGGUGGAACGGGGAUAUCAAGAUACCGAACUGAACAAAGAAGCUCUAUAUCGCUGCAACAACGUUCUUGUCGCUGCUGAAGAGUACAUCAAAGCCCAGCAGUGGCUUCGAGCCCCGCCCAGGCUUCCUCCAGCUUCCAACGAUAUCCAGACUGGAUCGGCCGACGUUGCCUCGGGCGGGGAGGCCUCGGAAGAUGCUGGUGGUGUGGAUGCUCCGCCAUUCGGAGGUCGCGGGUUCCUGGAAAGCUCGGCUCUCGCCAUGCUUCUGGCACAGGCAAGUGGACAACCUGUGGACGAGUCGAUGCGCCAAGGUGAGCAAGGAAGUGGCGACAUGCGCGACGGACUAGCGCGGGCCCUGGAUCAUGUUCUCAACGACGAUGAAGAUAUGGAGCACGAUGAACCCGGCCAGCCACCAAACCAGCGCCAGAACCAAAAUCCUCAGGGCAACUCGUCGGAACCUACCAAUACAUCGCAGGUACAGCCGGUGCGUCGUCGCCAGGUCACCACCGUGGAAGAGCUGGAUGGGGAAAGGGAGAAAGUCCGCUCGAAUCUCAUUGAGCGGUGCCUCGACGUCUUAAAUGAACACCACGAUGUCUCCUUUGAACUAGCCGACUUGAUCUCUUCUGCCAUCAAGAAGCAUCCCGAGCCUGAAGCCUUCCGGCGAGACAUUGGAGAGACCCUAGUUCAGUCCCUUGUCUCUCUACAAAUGGAGAACUUCCAAACCGCGGGCAAGAAGAUUGCUGCCUAUGCGCAUAUCCUUGCUUUGGUUCUCCAGGACCGUGACAUGUACAAUGCGACCCUGGACGAACUCAAGGAUUGCUUCUCGACCUUCCUUGGGUUUAUCAAGCUUCCCACGCCCGAGAAGGCUGCCGAUGAGUCCCUGCCCUGGGUCGGACAGGUGCUGCUUAUUCUGGAGAAGCUGCUUUCAGAUGACGCCCAACCUCCCCAGAUUAUCUGGACUCCGCCAAGCCUUGAUGACCCCAACCCUAGCAACGAGGGUCCCGCGUUCCUGAACGAGCCUCUUGUCUCUCUCGACGAGAAAACACAGCUUUUUGAAGCGCUUGUUGAAAUCCUUCCACGAGUCGGCAAGGAUGGCAAACUGGCUCUGUCCGUCUGCCGUAUUCUUGUCAUCCUUACCCGCAACCGCAGCAUUGCGGCGAGGUUCGGCGAGAAGCGCAACUUGCAACGCCUCUUCGUCAUGGUGAAGCAGCUUGCCAGCGCUACCAAUGACAAGCUUCAAAGCGCCUUCAUGCUGAUCCUACGUCACAUCGUCGAAGAUGAAGCUACUAUCCGACAGAUCAUGAGGAGUGAGAUCGUUGCCAACUUCGAGAACAAAACUUCUCGUCAGAUCGACACUACCGGCUAUGUGCGACAGAUGUACCAUCUCGUCCUGAGGGCACCAGAGAUCUUCGUCGAGGUUACGAACGAGAAGUUGAGGCUUUUGCGAUACGACACCCAUCAGCGUCCUCAAGUCCUCGCCUUGAAGGUUGACAAAGACAAAGACCGCGCCGCACGGCAACGUCAGGACAAGACUGAGGCUGAAAGCUCUAGCAAUGGUGAAUCUUCCACAAGUGAGGCUCCUGCGCAAGAAACCAAAGACAGGGGCAAGGCUGCCGAACUCAAGCCCCCAAUCGUGGAGAACCCAGACGGAGUUAUCCACUACCUGCUUUCCGAACUUCUGUCCUACAAAGACGUGGAUGACAAGGAGCCUUCAGCGGAGACGUCUGAACAAACUGCUGGCGAACAGUCGGAACCGCAAACAGAUGUCGAGAUGGCUAUGGAUGAAACGACCCCUUCGGUGUCCAGCACUCCUGAUGCUCAGACUCCGCGUGCAUCCGCACCCGCACCCGCACCCAACAAGAAGGGCGAGAAGCCGCCGUUCAGAGCUGAGGAUCAUCCGAUCUACCUCUAUCGAUGCUUCCUGCUCCAGUGUCUGACUGAACUCCUUUCUUCAUACAACCGCACCAAGGUCGAGUUCAUCAACUUCUCGCGCAAAGCUGAUCCUCUUGCGACAACUCCCUCGAAGCCGCGCUCGGGCAUUCUCAAUUACCUGCUGAACGUGCUUGUCCCUGUUGGUACAAUGGAACAUGAUGAGUCCAUCUCGUUCAAGAAGCGGAACACGACCUCCACAUGGACUAUGCAGGUGCUCAGCGCUCUCUGCGCCAAGACUGGCGAGUUUGGUGGUCUUGGUAGGCGUCGUGGUGAGCAACGGCAAAAUGAGGAGGACGAGCCUGAGCUCGCUUUUGUGCGUCGGUUCGUGCUAGAGCAUGCACUGCGGUCAUACAAGGAUGCAAUUGCGUCGAACGAACCUCUGGAUGCCAAAUACUCGAAGCUCAUGUGUCUUGCCGACUUGUUCGAUAAGAUGCUCAGCGGCUACUCCUACUCCAACGAGGCAGGCUUCCCGUCCUCGACACGGCAGCUCGCGAGGACCAUGUUCGAGAAGCACUUCAUUCCUACCCUCACUUCCUCCGUUGCCGACAUCGACUUGAACUUCCCAUCUUCAAAGCGCGUCAUCAAGUACAUUCUCCGUCCUCUGAACAAGCUCACACAGACCGCUGUGCUCCUCAGCGAAAGCUCGGAUAUCUCCACGCUGGGUGAAACAGACGAUGGUGAAAUCUCGUCAGCAACCUCCGUCUCCGACAUGGAAGAUCAACGUGAGGAGACCCCAGAUCUUUUCCGUCACUCUACCCUCGGGAUGCUAGAGCCUCGUCAUGAUGAGGAAGAAAGCACCGAAGAGGAAUCCGAAGAAGAUGACGAUGAGAUGUAUGACGACGAAUAUGAUGACGAGAUGGACUACGAGGAGGAUGUGGCUGAAGAUGACGGCGAAGUUGUCAGCGAUGAAGAUGAAGACGCAGACAUGGGUCCCAUCGAAGGUCUUCCUGGUGAUUCCGGCAUGGAUAUCGAAGUCGUGAUUGACGAUGAUGACGAUGGCGAUGAUGAGGACGACGAUGAAGAUCAUGAUCACUCCGACAUGGAGGAUGAUGAGGCCUUUGCUGGAGAAAUCACCGGUGACCACGAUAACGAAAGCCUCGACGAUGGUGAAGAUGAUGAGUGGGAGAGCGAAGAAUUGACCGAAGAUGAAGAAGAGGUCGAGAUGAUGAAUCAGUUCCAGGACGAGCUGGCUGAUAUCAGACACUCGAAUCGUCAACAUGAAGGUCAGCGCAUAGAUGACUUGUUCCGUGUGCUUAACGAGGCUGCUGCUGGCGUCGAUGAUCUCCAAGGUGAUAGCCUUGGCGGCGAUAUCCAGGACGAAAUCCUCGAUGAUCUGAACGAGGACGGAGAUGAAGAUGAGAUGGAUGAUGAGUUGGAAGAAGAAAUGGAUGACUAUGAUGAUGACCAGGGAUCUUACGGGGAUAUGGAUGAAGAUGACCUCCUCGAGCCCUGGAGCUGGGACGCCGAUGAACCUCCCAUGGCGGCACGAAGCCAUCAUGCUCCCCGUUUCCGCGGUGCCCCUCCGGCGUGGGCUGCUGUUACUGAAAUCAUGCCUGGUCGCCACGGAGGACUUGUUCCAAUUCAGCCUUAUCACCGUGUCCACCGCACCCAGAUCCCCUCGCGCGGCAACGAUGACGGAACCAACCCGCUUCUGAUGCGGCCUGAACGCCCCAGCGAGCGCUCAGGACCGAUUGGUCCUCCAGGCAGCGAUCCCUUCGCCGACUUUGCUCACUCUCUGGAGCCUCCGGGUACAGGUAAUCGGGUUCUUUCCAUGGAUAGCCCCGUCAGCUUCAUGAAUGCCAUCAUGCAGGCCAUCGGUGGCCAGGGAGGACAAGGCUUUGGAGUGGUUACCCGCCCUGACGGUAUCCACGUCCACGUUGACAGACGAGCCGUUCUGCCCAACCGCAUCCAGGACAUUUUCGGUCUUGGACGAAACCAGCCAGGUGCCCCGAUGCGCAGCCGUGAGGAACCUCAUCACGCUGUCAAAUUCGAGGUGGCAUCAACCAAACUGCGCUGGCAAGAAGAAGCUCGCAUCCUUUUCAGCGCCACGUACGUCGAGAAGACACAACGUAUUGUCAACUCCCUGCUGAAGGUCCUUGUUCCUCCUGCUAUCGAAGAAGAGAAGCAACGCCAGAAGCAGCUGGAGGAGGAGCGCAAGCGCCUCCAAGAGGAGAGAGCAGAGACAGAGCGUCUGCAGCGCAUUGCCAGAGAGGAAGAAGAGCGUGAGCGCAAGCGCAAGGAAGAAGAGGAGAAUGCCAGACGGCAAGUCGAAAGAGAACAGGAAGAAGCCGAGAACCAGGCUGUUGGGGUCGUUGAGCCCAUGGACGAUGUGCGAUCCACCGAGAGCGCUGCGGAACCAGCUGGCCAGCCCGAAACGGGUCCCUCCGAGCCGGUCCCUCGCGUCCAUACCACCAUCCGAGGACGCCAAGUCGAUAUCACUGAGUUGGAGAUCGAUCCCGAAUACCUAGAAGCUUUGCCAGAGGAACUCAGAGAGGAGGUCAUAAUGCAGCAACUUGCUGAGCAGCGAUCUCAAGCCGCCGCCGCAGGCGAAGAACCUACCGAGAUCAACCAGGAAUUCCUUGAGGCGCUCCCUGCAGAGAUUCGUGAGGAACUGCUGCAACAAGAGGCAGCCGACCGGCGCCGACGUGAGCGUGAAAAUGCUCGCCGACAAGCUACAGCCGGCGGUGCCGCGGCCCCUGCCGAAGACAUGGAUGCUGCUAGUUUCCUUGCGACCUUGGAUCCUUCAUUGCGCCAGGCCGUCCUUGUUGAUCAACCAGAGGAUGUUCUCGCAACCCUGGGACCGGAGUACCUCUCAGAGGCACGGGCCUUAGGUGGUCGUCGUAUGCACCAGUUUGGUGAUAUGGGCAUGAUGGAACACCGACAGAGACAUGAGCCCGCCGAAGGACAGGAGCAGAAGAAGUCACAACGCCGCCAGAUCGUCCAGAUGCUCGACAAAGCUGGCGUCGCCACGCUCCUUCGCCUGAUGUUCAUGCCUCUCCACGGCAACGCCCGCCACCAAUUGAACGACAUCCUCCACAAUGUCUGCGAGAACCGCCAGAACCGCAGCGAGGUCAUCAGUCUUCUUCUGUCGAUCUUGCAGGAUGGUAGCGUUGAUUCUUCAGCAAUCGAACGUAGCUUUUCUCACCUGUCGCUUCGUGCCAAGGCCCCUGGACCGCAGAAGACUCCGCAGUCUGUCAAGCGAAACAUUUCCUUCCAGACCUCCUCCAGCGUCAGCAACGAGGUUACUCCGAUCAUGGUGGUGCAGCAGUGCCUGGGAACGCUUUCCUUCCUGUCCCAGUUCAACCCACACAUUGCUUGGUUCUUCUUGACGGAGCAUGAUUCAUCCUCCACCCUCAAGCUGAAGGCCCUGCGGAAGGGCAAGGGCAAAGAAAACAGGGCCAACAAGUUUGCCCUCAAUGCCUUGCUUUCCUUGCUGGAUCGGAAAUUGAUCAUGGAGAGCCCCAACUGCAUGGAGCAGCUGUCCAGCCUGCUCAGCAGCAUCACGCAGCCGCUUACUGUUCUUCUUCGACGCGAGAAGGAGAAGCAGGAGGAAGACAAGGGCAAGAAGCCCGAGGGAGCUCCAGCUGAAGAGUCUACCGACCAGCCCGCUGAGCCUGCGGAGCCCGCCGAACCUGGCACUGAUACCGCCAUGACAGACGCUCCGCUGCCCACUGUUGAAACGACCGAAGUACAAGAGGACCAGGAAGCUGCAGCGGAAGGCGAGGCGACCAAGAAGGAAGAGGGCUCGAAGGAGGCCACUGACGAGGAGAAGCGCAAGAGAAGGACCAUUGAGCCUCCCGUUGUUCCUGACCACAACUUCCGACUGGUGGUUCACAUCUUGGCCGCUCGAGAGUGUAACGGCAAGACCUUCCGCGACACUCUUUCCACGAUCAACAACCUUUCCUCCAUUCCCAGCGCGAGGGAUGUGAUUGGUAAUGAGCUGGUUGGUCAAGCACAGAACCUCAGCGAUACCAUUCUGGCAGACCUGGAAGAACUUCUUCCUCAUAUCCACCAGGCUAAGACUGGCACUGACAUGCAAGGACUGGCUCUGGCCAAGUUCUCUCCGGCUAGCUCUGACCAGGCUAAGCUGCUGCGUAUUUUGACGGCGCUUGACUAUCUCUUCGACCCCGCCCGUGUGGACAAGAACAAGGGCAGCGAACCCGAGGCUGCACCCAAAGAGGAUGUUCUCAAGUCAUUGUAUGAAAGCGCUACUUUCGGACCGCUCUGGACUAAGCUCAGCGACUGCUUGUCUCUCAUUCGCCAGAAGGAGAACAUGCUGAACGUGGCUACUGUUCUUCUCCCUCUGAUCGAGGCAUUGAUGGUGGUCUGCAAGAACACUACGCUUAAGGACCAGCCACUUUCUCGCAACAGCCGAGAGCUGUCGGUGAACAGCGCCGCUCCUGCCGACCCAGCUCUCAGCAUGGAGAAUAUUUUCUUCAAGUUCACGGAGGAACACCGCAAGAUCCUUAAUGAGCUUGUCCGCUCGAACCCUAGGUUGAUGAGCGGCACAUUCUCCCUGCUGGUCAAGAACCCCAAGGUCCUGGAAUUCGACAACAAGCGCAAUUACUUCACUCGCCGAGUCCACUCCCGUGGCAGCGAACCUCGUCACCCACACCCUCCUCUGCAGCUUUCCGUCCGCAGAGAUCAGGUAUUCCUUGACUCGUUCAAGUCUCUGUACUUCAAGAAUGCGGACGAGGUGAAAUAUGGCAAGUUGAACAUCCGUUUCCACGGAGAAGAGGGUGUCGAUGCUGGCGGUGUGACUCGAGAAUGGUUCCAAGUUCUUGCUCGAGGCAUGUUCAAUCCCAACUACGCGCUGUUCAUCCCCGUUGCUGCCGACCGAACAACCUUCCACCCCAACCGCCUCAGCGGCAUCAAUGAACAGCACCUGAUGUUCUUCAAGUUCAUUGGGCGCAUCAUCGGCAAGGCAAUGUAUGAGGGACGUGUCUUGGACUGUCAUUUCAGCCGUGCAGUCUACAAGUCUAUCCUUGGACGGUCCGUGUCUAUCAAGGAUAUGGAAACUCUCGACCUUGACUACUACAAGUCUCUUCUGUGGAUGCUUGAGAACGACAUCACCGAUAUCAUCACGGAGACCUUCGCCAUUGAGACCGAUGCCUUUGGCGAGAAGGAGGUGAUCGACCUCAUUCCAGACGGCCGCAACAUUCCUGUCACGCAGGAGAACAAGGAGGAGUAUGUCCAGCGCGUGGUCGAGUACCGGCUGGUGGAGUCUGUCCGAGAGCAGUUGGACAACUUCCUGAAAGGCUUCCAUGAUAUCAUUCCCCCGGAUCUGAUCUCGAUCUUCAACGAGCAAGAGCUGGAACUCCUGAUUUCUGGUCUGCCCGAGAUUGACGUCGACGAGUGGAAGAACAACACUGAACUCCACAACUACUCUGCCUCUUCCCCCCAGAUCCAGUGGUUCUGGCGUGCUGUCCGCUCCUUCGACAAGGAGGAACGCGCCAAACUCUUGCAGUUCGUCACCGGUACCUCCAAGGUCCCGCUCAACGGCUUCAAGGAGCUCGAGGGCAUGAACGGAGUGAGCAAGUUCAACAUCCACCGUGACUAUGGCAACAAGGAUCGCCUCCCCAGUUCGCACACGUGUUUCAACCAGCUUGACCUCCCUGAAUAUGAAAGUUACGAGGAUCUUCGCCAACGGCUGUACACAGCCGUAACUGCUGGCAGCGAGUACUUCGGGUUUGCAUAG